AUGCGUAACAUACUAAUUCCAGAAAAGCGAUUAUCGGUAUUAACUAUAAACUAUAAAGGUAAAAUUCCAUCGUCGUCGGGUCCGUAACUCCGACGCGAGCGAGGCUGCGAGAGAGAGAGAGAGAGAGAGGAGAGAGAGAGAGGGAGGGAGACAACGAGCUGAAGGAAUAACUGUGACGUAGCCAAGACAGGUCCUCUUCCUUGAGUCUACGCCUCUACUUCAGUGCCUUCCUCGUCACGAUAUAUCGAAAUGGAUGGCUCAACUGGGCUAGGUGGCAAUGGUCUGGAUGUGUUUCUCCAAAAUUAUAAGCUUGGAAAAACCCUUGGAAUUGGUUCCUUUGGCAAGGUGAAAAUUGCUGAGCAUAUCUUAACUGGUCAUAAAGUUGCUGUAAAGAUCCUUAACCGUCGGAAGAUUAAGAACAUGGAAAUGGAGGAAAAAGUGAGAAGAGAAAUCAAAAUAUUGAGAUUGUUUAUGCAUCCUCAUAUAAUAAGACUCUAUGAGGUUGUAGACACGCCAGCAGACAUUUAUGUUGUGAUGGAGUACGUGAAGUCUGGAGAGCUCUUCGAUUACAUCGUGGAGAAGGGAAGGUUGCAGGAGGAUGAAGCUCGUAAUUUUUUUCAGCAGAUAAUCUCUGGUGUGGAGUAUUGCCAUAGGAAUAUGGUGGUUCAUAGAGACCUGAAGCCUGAGAAUUUGCUUUUAGAUUCCAAAUGCAAUGUGAAGAUUGCUGAUUUUGGUUUAAGCAACAUAAUGCGUGAUGGUCAUUUUCUGAAGACAAGUUGUGGAAGUCCAAACUACGCAGCCCCAGAGGUUAUCUCUGGAAAAUUGUAUGCUGGGCCUGAAGUGGACGUAUGGAGCUGUGGUGUUAUAUUGUAUGCCCUUCUUUGUGGCACCCUUCCUUUUGAUGACGAAAACAUUCCCAACCUAUUUAAAAAGAUAAAGGGUGGAAUAUACACUCUUCCCAGUCAUUUAUCAUCUGGUGCAAGAGACUUGAUCCCAAGGAUGCUUGUAGUUGACCCAAUGAAGCGAAUGACCAUUCCUGAGAUUCGCCAGCACCAAUGGUUUCAGUCUCAUCUUCCACGUUAUUUAGCUGUGCCCCCACCAGAUACAAUGCAACAAGCAAAAAAUAUUGACGAGGAGAUUCUACAGGAAGUUGUUAAAAGGGGAUUUGACAGGAACCAGCUGGUUGAAUCUCUUCGCAACCGAAUGCAGAAUAAGGCUACUGUUGCUUACUAUUUGUUAUUGGACAACCGGUUCCGCCCUUCCAGUGGCUAUCUUGGAGCUGAGUUCCAAGAGACUAUGGAUCUUGGUUUCAAUCGUAUGCAUCAAAAUGAGGUCUCUGCUUCAGCUGUUGGGCACCGCCUUCCAGGAUAUAUGGAGUAUCAAGGGAUGGGCGUGAGACCACAGUACCCUGUUGAGAGGAAAUGGGCUCUUGGACUUCAGUCCCGAGCUCAUCCUCGUGAAAUAAUGACGGAAGUCCUCAAAGCUCUGCAAGAAUUGCAUGUAUGUUGGAAGAAGAUUGGACACUACAACAUGAAGUGCCGUUGGAUUCCUAGUCAUCUUGAAGGCAUGCUGAACAAUCCUGUGCACAAUAAUCACUACUUUGGGGAUGAACCGACCAUUGUUGAGAAUGAUGGUGUUACCAACUCGCCCAAUGUUGUUAAGUUCGAAGUGCAGCUCUACAAAACUCGGGAGGAGAAGUAUCUGCUUGAUCUCCAAAGGGUCCAUGGCCCACAGAUUCUCUUCUUGGAUCUUUGUGCUGCUUUCCUGGCCCAGCUCCGAGUCCUUUAAAGCAAGAAGCCUAGCUUCACAAGAAGACCUUUGCCUGUGAAUCUCUUCUGAUGCUUGUGAAUAAGAAGUCAAUUAUGUAUAUAACAUAUACAAGUUCAAUUUGGUAGCUUUUUUCCCGGACUUUUUCGGGUAUUGUUUAGUUUGAGCCGAUCUUCAACGCUGGAAUUGGUGGCUUACAAUCUGGGUUUUGGUGCAGUCUGCCCUGCCCUUGGAUUAUAUCCUUGAGGAUGCUUAACAUGUGACUCUUGCCUUUGAUUUUUAUCUAAUCUGAAUCCGAGGUUAUUUUUGUAAUAGAAAUCUAAACUUAUCUUCUUGUUCUUGUUUAUUUGAACAACCAAUGACUUGGGAAGAUCGGUAA